GUGCCCCGUUCUCAUUCUCUUACAUUCCUGAUGGAAUGCUACCUUUGAGCGACUCCAUGAACUUCAUGGAAAGGCUGGAAAACACGGUGGUUGGCUUGUGGGAACUGGCAGGAUACCAUUGGUACUUCCUGCCAGCCCAGGAAAAGAUGCUGCGGAAGCACUUUGUCUAUCCAGGAUCAGAAAACAUGCCUUCGCUACGGGAAAUGGCCAAGAACGUGUCUCUACUCUUGCUCAAUAGUCAUUUUUCCAUCGGAUACCCGCGACCCUACCCACCGAACAUGAUCGACGUCGCUGGAAUGCAUCUGAAACCGAUCAAAAAACUGCCCAAGAACUUGCAAGAUUUUAUGGAUGGAGCUAAGAAUGGUGUGAUUUACGUAAGUUUCGGCACCGUUAUCAAAGAAGACAUGCUCGGAGAGGCUCGGUUACUUGCAAUCGUCGACGCUCUUUCAAGACUCAAACAGCGUGUCAUUGUCAAAUGGAAGGACCCGGAACCUUUUAAGGAUGCCAAAAAUGUUCUGACAGUGCCAUUUGCCCCGCAACAAGAAAUAUUAG